CAGCCUGCAUGUCCUCCUGGCUGGGAGUAGAGACCAUAUAAUAAGGCUAGGAUGUACGUUACCUCACCCCUACAGCUGAGAACACUAUGAAGAAUGUCUUCACGCUGACCCUACAUUGACACGAGUCUGUGCGUAGACAUGACGUAUGUUUUUGUCGCCAGUUAUUGCAGAGCGCGAGUUCCCCGCUGUUUCCUGCGGCUAAUCUCGCCAUUUCAAGCACACCAAACGUACAACUGGACGUAAACAGCGAUACAAGGCUCCUCUCAUUAUAGCUGCACACACCAGGGCCCCAAUAACACCACCUCAGCCCUUACUCUGGAUAAACUUCGGAAUCCGUCAAGGGCGAAGAGGCUGGAAGACAACGACGUGUUGAUGUAACGUGAAACCUGAAAUCGAUACACAUCUGAACGUGGGCACAUCUCAUCAUUACAUUGAAAUAUGGAAUACGCCAAACUCUUCAGGAAAACUGACAUUUUAUCAAAUGAUGUUGCCAAGAAGGCAGAAGAAGAGUUAAAUGAGACUCCUGAGAGAAGAGCGACAUCUAUUCAAGAGUUACGGGACUUGCUCGACAGUGGCCUGUGUUCCGAUUGUUACAGGGAUCAACAGAUAUCCGAACACUUCUGUGGCACAUCCGACCUGUUCCUCUGUGGGUUCCUCAGAGCCAAGAAAUAUGAUGUCCAGAAAGCCUACGAACUGUUGGACUCUUAUCUUAAAUUCAGAGAGAGGUAUCCGGAUCUGACGUCAGAGCUCAGCAUCGAUUCCGUGAGACCAGCUUUAGAAAGGGGCUACCCCAGGGUCCUUCCUGCCAGGGAUAAUGAGGGUAGAAUAGUGUUCCUGUUCUCCAUCGGGUCAUGGGAUGCUACGGAAGUGCCGUUCGAUGAUGUGUUACGGGCGUACAUCUACCUGCUGGAGGCCCUACUGGAGAACGCGGAGAACCAGGUGUCUGGGUUCGUCAUCGUGGAAAACUUCCAGCAGUAUACCAUCAGCCAGGCCAUGUCUCUCAAACCCUCGGACCUGCAGAAGAUGGUCAGCAUGCUUCAGGGUGCAUUCCCAAUACGGUUCAAAGGUGUUCACUUUUUGUAUCAACCCUGGUAUUUUUCAUGGACAUACGCACUCGUUCGACCCUUCAUGAAAACCAAGAUGACUGAAAGGGUCCACAUUCACGGUUCGAACCUCGAAAAGUUUCACCAAGUGUUAGAUCCGUGCACUCUACCACCUGACUUUGGAGGUAACGGACCAGAGUUCUCUCCCCUUGAGAUGAUAACAUUGCUGGAGAAAAUUGCUGAUUUAUAGACAAUGGUCGAGGCAUGACAAUGUACAGAUAUUAAACACAAGUAUAUUCUUUAAACAAAUAAACGCAAAAAAUGA